ACUUGAUUCGAUUCGAUUCGAUUCGAUUCGAGUUGUCAAAAUACAAAAUUGUUGAUAUCAGCUGAUACUGUGAUAACCUCGACAUUAUUCUUUAUUUUUUUCUAUUUAUAAGUAAUUUUAAUAAUACAUCCAUAUGUGUAAAAGAUAUUUUAACCUACGAUAUGUGUACACACGAGGAAAUAAUCGAAAAUCUGACGGCACAAGUUUGCGAACUAGAAACAUUGCAAUCUGUUUACCCAAAGGAAAUAGUUAUUACCGACCAUGGAGUAUUAGCUGAUAUACAUAAUUUUUUAAAAAAUCCUACGCAGGAUUUUCCCCAUAGAUUAGAAUAUUCAGUUGAAAUUUCGUUAAGCAAUGGAACAAUUGAAUUAUUAGUUGGUCUACCAGCAAAUUAUCCUAAUGAUAAACCUGAGAUUUAUGCAAGGAAUUCACUGUUAAAUCGAAUCCAACAGUUGCAAUUAAAUAAAGCAUUAAAGAAUGUUGUUGAAAAUCAAGAACCAGGCGAGCCUUGUAUUUACAUGUUGAUAUUAUGGUUACAAGAUAACGGUGAAGAUUAUCUUGUAGCUUCUAAUGAAAAUCAGGAGAAAGAAUUAACUGACAUAAGUAAAAAUAAAGAAGAAAAAUCUAUAACUUUUGCUAGAUAUUGGAUCUAUAGUCAUCACAUAUAUGGUAAAAGUAAAAGAAAAGACAUAAUUGAUUUAGCAAAAGAGAACUCUAUUACAGGCUUUUGCCUAGCAGGAAAGCCUGGUAUCAUUUGUAUGGAAGGGGUCUUUGAAGACUGUGAUUAUUGUUGGCAAAAAAUUAAAUCCAUGAAUUGGCAGAAGAUACUAAUAAGACUGUUGGAAAAAGAGGAAAACCAUAGUGUCAUAGAUAGCAUUCGUAAAUUUAGUGAUUUCCGAGAAAUAUCUUUUCCCACUUCUGAGCGUCAUAAUGAUAUGGGUCAAGUAUUAAAAUACUUAAAGGAACAUGAAGUACAGUAUGCAUUUAAAGAACUCUUUGGAAUUGAGGCUCUGAUGCUUAUUCUAAAAAAUGAUCCCAUAAUUAUAUCAAGAGAUCACAGGUGUGGAAGUUGCCCAUCCGAUUGCCAAUAAGUUUCUGUGAUAUCAUCGCGUAACUGAUCUACACCAAAACCAGGUUUGCAACUGGAUA